AUGACAUCAGCCUCAAUGUCCAACCUGCCAGAUUCUCAAACAAUACCAAUGACGCAAUUUGGUUCAUCAAACUCUCCGCGUCAUCUGCCGCCCCGAUCAGAAGAACCAUCUGCCUGGCAUCGCUUAGUACGCAACAAUCUAUUUCGUGCCAUCACUGUCAUGAUAUGCUUUAUUCUCAUGGUGGUCGGAAGCUACUUCGGAGCGAGUUUCAUCGCGAACGUUCUACGAUCCAACAUCUAUCAUGUUCCCCCUGGCCUGGCUUCAACAAAAAAUCCGAACCCACGCUCAACGAUGGCAGAGAAACCAACGGCCAAGAUUCCCAAGACGGAAUUCGUUGAUGUAUCCGGAUUUUCCAUGACAAGUGUUGCAUCACUACAAUCUACUUCUCAUACCGUGACGACGACUGAAGUACAUCUGUUGUCUUCGGCGACACCGUCUUUGAUCGAAUGUUUGGUUGACGAAGAAGGUUUCACGCAAACGAUUGCCUUUCUCGCUGGGAAACGUAUAUACCUCGGUAUAUGCUAG